CACUUGUCACAUUUGGGUAAUCCCUGGAAUAAUCAGAGGCGUGACAUCUGGAUAAUCCCUGGAUUAUCACAGGCGUGACAUUUGGAUUAUUACCCGUGUAAAAAUGUGGUUAGAAACAGAGAAUAAACUGACCACCGAUUCACCUAUCCCAGCCAUUAUUGUGACAUAUGACAAAGAUAUUGUCGUGAACGAGGUGGACGUGGGUCAGCCUUGUCACAACUGUGAGGACAGAUGUUCCGGUUUCGCUUUCCAUGACUGGAGAAACAUCUGCGCCCACUGCAAAUGUGCGCGUGAGAGCCACCAGAUCUACAAUGAGAAUUUCGUCAACGUCUGCGACAGGCUGGGCUGGAAGCGAGAGGACGACGCUGCCAAGUCUGUGUCCAAGCUGGACACACUGAACGAGGGGUACACCUGGGUGCCAGGCAACCUCACGAGCCAGAAGAUCCGCGAGUACAUGGACCAACUGCCCAACCACAAGGUGCCACGGGUCGACUCCCAGGGCGACAAGUACCGCGACCAGCAGAUCAUCAAGCAGCUGCCCAAGCAGGACCUCUCAGACCUCUACUGCAAGUACCUGGACGGCGAGACGGAGCGGAAGGAGUUCAACAUCUUCAGGGAGCUUAGGGACCAGGUGGCCAUGGGCAUCGGCGUGGUCAGGGAGUGUCAGGUUAACACGAGCUGCUACAACUGCAAGGGGGAGGUGGAGCACGGUGACCUGGUCGUCAUGGCAACCAAAGCCGGGCAGGACGCCGUCUGGCACCCGGCCUGCUUCACGUGCCACACGUGCGAGGAGCUACUGGUGGACCUGGUGUACUGCCACCACGCCAAGAACUUGUACUGUGAGCGGCACUACGCCGAGCUCAUCAGACCCAGGUGUCCGGGCUGUGACGAG